CUCACGUUUUCGUUUUCAGUACAUUCAACUGACUCGAACUUAUACACCAGUGCAAGCUUCGCCAUCAGCAACUACACUAUCAUCAUGAAGCUCCUCGUCCUCCUCGUUCUCGUUGGAUUCGCUGCCUAUCAGGUAACAGAAGCUCGUAUGAACGCCUUCUCCUGCUCAAGCGACUGCUUCCCCUACCUUGACGGCCCAUUCUGCAUCUCUAACGGCUCCGUCGUCUGUGACAACUGCGUCAGGGACAAGAUGCUUUGCACUGACACCAGCCUCACCUCCGUCGACUGCAACGAUCCCUGCGAUAAAUAGGACUGACCGAUUAUAUGACGAUAUAGAUAGUUGAUGAAUGUAAACUUGAUGGCCUAUUCACAUCAAUAAAUAUUGUGCAGCAA